AAGACAGCAGUAAUGCUAACUCUGGCAAGCAAGUUGAAGCGGGAUGAUGGUGUCAGAGGACCCCGUGCAUCCAAUCCAGCUUCUGAUUCAACUCGGAGGGUGUCUGUCCGAGAUAAAUUACUUGUUAAAGAGGUUGCAGAACUUGAAGCUAAUUUACCUUGUACAUGUAAAGUGAAUUUUCCUGACCCAAACAAGCUUCAUUACUUUCAGCUAACUGUAAUCCCAGAUGAGGGCUAUUACCAAGGUGGAAAGUUUCAGUUUGAAAUUGAAGUUCCUGAUGCCUACAAUAUGGUGCCUCCAAAGGUAAAAUGCUUGACAAGAAUCUGGCAUCCAAACAUUACAGAGACAGGAGAAAUCUGCUUAAGUUUAUUGAGAGAACAUUCAAUUGAUGGCACUGGCUGGGCUCCAACUAGAACAUUAAAGGAUGUUGUCUGGGGGUUAAACUCUUUAUUUACUGAUCUUUUGAAUUUUGACGAUCCUUUGAAUAUUGAGGCUGCAGAGCAUCAUUUGCGUGACAAGGAGGACUUUCGGAAUAAAGUUGAAGAUUACAUUAAGCGCUAUGCGAGAUGAUGAAGGGAGAUGGAUGGCAGGACCAUGGCUUCCACACUAGAGGUGUCCUUAACUUCAACAACAACAAAACCAGCCCGGAUUGUACUAGUCCUGUGUCCAUGUUGUACUGAAGAAGAAAACUAACUUCAUAACUUGUCCAUGUUAAAAGGAGAGUUCAGCAUAAAUACAGCAAGAAAUUGUGUAUGUUGGUUGAAAAAGUUGUUUGCUUACUUUUAAAAAUGUUUACUCUUCUGAACUGUACUGUAUAUCCUGUUGAUGAGAUAUGCUUGAGAAGUUAAAAGAAAUCACUAUUGAAAUUGUAAUUACACUUUUUUUUAACUCUUGCCUAGUUUGGAGGGGGAAAGGAAAAAAAAAAAACCAAACAGAAAAGGUGGUGUGUUUUUGGAACACUUUAAGUUGGCAAUAAAAUGGUCUCCUGUGAACCAAAUCACAAUACUGUUGCCUUUGAUGAGCAGAAACAAUACAAGCUUUUUCCAAGAGUCAUUCAACUAAGGCUUAGAGCUUGCCAGAAUGCAAGCGCUAAAUGAAAUUCUACGUCUGAUUUGAAAUUCUUGAUGAUACUUAAUGUAAGUACAUUUUUGUCACACAUUUGGAAUUUUUACAUUGUUAUUUUCAGCUCCUGUUUGGGCUACAGUAUUUUUUUGUUUCUAUUCAUUGUGUGAAGUAGUAAAAAGAAAUAUAGGCUAAUCCAUAACUUAAGUAAAUGUGUAGUAUUAGUAAAAUUAUAUAUAUAUUAUAUAUAUUAUAUAUUUCUGUGAAAAUUUAAUGAAGGGGAGAUUUUUUUAAGAAAUCUGCCUUUGGCUUUUGAUCUGGACGUGGUGAGGGAGCAUCAGAUGCUGUUUGAUCUGAUGAACGUAAAUUCAAGCACCGUUACCUGGAGAACACCUAAUUGUGUUCUGCAAACUUCCGCACUGAAAGUGAAUGACUAAUAAUGCAGCUGAGAAUAAUAACGCACUGCACUCUCUUUUAAACACUUGUGUGCGCCUGGCUUUUUUUGGUAAUUUGAAAGGAUAUGAUGCUAUAAUUGCCUUUUCUGUAAGUAGCUGUAUAUCAAGCACAUAGUAUGUACAAGCAGAGAUCCUUCAGAAGAGAGUAGCACGUACCUCAGGAAUCACUUCAGAGUGAAGGCCGUGAGGAGUCUGCUGCCUGUUGUGUGCCAGAGCUCCCCGCUGCUCACCCGCUGACCCAGGCGAUGCCCGGGGCUGCCGAGCUGGGGGGCAUUGGCAUAGCCUCGGAGACUGAAACGCGUUUUGCUCCUGGGAUCGCGCAGAGGAGGAGGUGCAAUGGAACCGUCAAGCUUUUAUAAAUAGAUGAACCAUAGAAAUAAAUGUUCGUGUGGUUUCAUACG